AUGAGUCAAGAAUAUGAGGACGAGGAUAUGUAUGAUCCAAGUGCGGGUCUCUCGCCGGCGCCAAGCGACGGCGAUGGAAAGAGCGGGCCUGGAUUCGUCGGAAUCAAAUUCUGUCCAGAGUGCAACAACAUGCUCUAUCCACGCGAAGACAAGGAAUCUCGCGUUUUGAUGUACUCGUGCCGAAACUGUGAACAUCGCGAAGUCGCUGCAAAUCCAUGCAUCUACGUGAACAAGCUCGUUCAUGAGAUUGACGAGUUGACCCAAAUCGUCGCCGACAUCAUCCACGAUCCGACACUUCCCAAGACUGAAGAGCACUCGUGUCCAAAGUGCACGAAGAGAAAAGCGGUGUUCUUCCAGGCGCAAACCAAGAAAGCUGAAGAGGAGAUGAGACUGUACUACGUGUGCAUGUACUGUCAGUUCAGAUGGACUGAAUGA